UAUGAUCAGUUUGUAAAAGUAUUCGGCGCGGAUACCUCGUUACCGCUCGUUAUUGUACCUUGAUCUCGUUGUGUUAUAUUGUUAUCGAAAACAAACUAGGUAACACAAAGGACGAUUGUUGCAAGAGUGUCUCAUAAAAGUGUUUUAAAAACUUGUAAACCCAAGUUGGAUGGAUUUCAUCAUGGUAGUUUAAGAAAUCAAUAUGGGCUAAGCUGUGAAAGUAAAGUGCAUGAAAAUUAGCGAAAAGGAAGCAAGAAAGCAAGCAUCAUGUAUUCUAUGAAUUACAUCGGGACUUUUUUCAAGAAAUUCUAUAAUGAGAUAAACAGCGCUACGUUGACGGGAGCGAUAGAUGUGAUCGUGGUGGAGCAGCCUGACGGGAGUUUUACUUGUUCACCAUUUCACGUUCGAUUUGGAAAACUUGGUGUUCUACGCUCCAGAUUCAAAGUGGUGGAUCUUGAGCUCAAUGGAGAGCCUCUGCCAAUUCACAUGAAGCUUGGUGAGUCAGGCGAGGCGUUUUUCGUAGUGGAGGUCGGAGAAGAUGAAGCUGAAUGUUCGGCUCACUUAGCCACUUCGCCAAUACCGGCAAAUCGAUUUGAGGACCUUUACGAGCCUAGAAGAAGAAACUCCCUCUCUGCAGUGGAACCAGAUCAUGGCCAAGCAUCUGACUACACAAAGCGGAGGUACACGGCCGAUGGAAAGACAAUGCAGAAACCUGACCUAAGUAAAUAUUCAAAGAAAAAUACCAAAGAAGACAAAAAUGAUGAGAAUGAAGCUUUGUUUGAGAUGGAUGGACUCAACGAAGGUACAGACUGGCCGGAUCUAGUUGCGAAAACGUUCUCGGCGACGAAACUCAGCCCUGACACUGAGGCAUGCCAAACAGUACAAAAAAUAAGUGAGCACAACGACUUUAGGCCCAUAGGGGCAGUUGAAGACCCAAAGCAGAAUGGCAAUGGAAAAAAGAAAAAAAAAACAAGAAAAUUCAGCUCCAAGAAGAAGCACCAUCGAAAGUCCUCAACUAGUUCUAUUUCCAGUCAAUCUGAUUUCACGAUUGAAACUCGUGCGACCACCAUUCCUAAUACCACAGAGAUUCACUUCUUUAGUGACACCGAGGCAGCUGCCCUCGAUGAAGAAAUGUCAAACUUGAAGCUGAAUGGUGAUAACCGCAUACCAUUGGCCUUGUCUGAUACAGCGUUCGAGGUGCACGCUGCCUCCAGACAUACGAAAGGUUCUCGUCACGGUACACCGGUACAGUCCGAUACGGAAGUUGAAUUAGCGCGAACAACUUCUGGCAAUAAAUCAUCCCAGUCCUGGCGCUGGGGGGAGUUACCUGAGCCCCCGAUCCGUACGACAAUGACAGAAUCCAUUGACACGGCUUCACCGGCAUCUCCUGCUGAGCCAGCUUCCCCUACGGAGCCCUUAAGUUCGGAUGAGGAAAGGCAUGAGCGGCGUGGGGUCUUAAGCGGGAUGUUUAGGUUUAUCUCUUCUCGGGAAGCGGAGCCGGGUGUUGAAGGAGUAUACUUAGACGAUAUAGAUAAGGGUCAAGUGGACCCGAACAUGUACUUUCCCAAACACCACACAGAGCGUUAUCGCACAGGAACUAGUGGUUCCGUUCAACAAGGCCCUACUGAGGAAGAAUACGAGUCGGGCAAUGGUCCAUCUCUACCGCAGUCACCUGCUUCUCCGGCUUCGCCCGCUUCGCUUGAACCACCGGGAUUGGACUCUGAUGAUGACGAUAAGAUUCUUGCCAAAGGUGAAGUCCAACUAUACGCAAGAGAAGGUGCCGUCUCACACGUGCUUCCGUACGAAGAGUUCUGUUCGAUGGGCGGCCGGCUUGCGGCUGAAGGAAGGUUGGAAGUACGUAUUGGGACGCGCACACUCCCAUGGCGUACUGCUGGACCGCUAAUACUAUCGCUGUUGGCGUAUAGACGGCCCCUGCCUACUCGAGUGCUAGAAGAAUUAGACAAAGGGGAUAAGGAGCCAUCUGAGUCUCAACCGACAGACGCAGCGAAGCCUCGUACAUAUUCGUGGUGGUAUUGGAGAAGAUCUAAUACGGAUUCUAAGAGGCCAGACGUUCCGCCUAAACAAGGAGAGCUAAAGGAGCCAGUACCUCAAUCAGAAGUGAAGGAUCUAACGGGACUGGAUCAAGUAGACAAUAACACACCAAAUAUAGAAAAUAAAGAAGACACUCCAAUCAUCCAAGAUCUGCAGCCAGAAGACUUGGAAGAGAGUAUACCGGAGUUUGAUGAUAAACAGAUUUUCAAUCAAAGUGAUCGUCACGAGCAAAGUUCUUCAGAUUCUGAUCAAGACACGCAGCAGGGCUCGCGAAGACAUUCCACCUUCCGUAAGACGUUGCGACUCUCCUCUGAUCAAAUCAAAAAAUUGAACCUGCGUGAAGGCAUCAAUGAGAUGGUGUUCAGUGUGACGACGGCAAUUCAAGGCACAUCUCGCUGCAAGUGCAAUGUGUUCAGAUGGCGGUACGACCACAAAAUCGUUAUAUCUGAUAUCGACGGAACCAUCACCAAGUCGGACGUGCUAGGUCACAUUUUCCCUCUAGUAGGAAAAGAUUGGGCGCAGUCGGGCGUUGCGCAACUUUUCACCAAGAUAAAAAAUAAUGGAUACCAGCUGCUUUACCUCUCUGCGAGGGCUAUUGGACAGGCCGGUGUGACCCGCGAAUACCUCCGCUCAAUCAAGCAAGGUGAAACAUGUUUACCUGAUGGACCACUGUUAUUAAACCCCACUUCUUUACUACGCGCCUUCCAUCGUGAGGUCAUUGAGAAAAAGCCAGAGGAGUUCAAAAUUCAAUGCCUGGCUGACAUCAAAGCUCUCUUCCCAAAUGGGUCUACCCCGUUCUAUGCGGGAUAUGGAAAUCGGGUUAAUGACGUAUGGGCAUACCAAGCAGUGGGAAUUCCUAUAGUUCGGAUUUUCACCAUCAACUAUAAGGGGGAACUGAAACAUGAACUCACUCAAACAUUCCAAUCCACGUAUUCCCAUAUGACCGUACUAGUGGAUCAAGUGUUUCCUCCAGUACUGUGCGAGCCGAGUGACGAGUUUUCUCAAGCUGUUUACUGGCGUGAACCGCUUCCCGAAGUAGAGGUCAUUCAACUACCCGUUCCAACCAUCACUAUACCCGCAAAACAAGCUAAAUAAAGCGAUAAUACUAUUACUAGAUGCUUACCAACAUUGUGGUAUAGCACUUCAGAGUAGUUUUUCCAACAAAUAUGUCGAGCUCUAAAAGGAAUUCGGGCUAUUUGACACACUAGAGCUAGCAGUUUCAAGUAUAAGCGUAGAUCGGUUUACAAUCUUUUAAAUGUAUAAUGUGGCAUGGAGCAGCUUUCGCUUUGAUAAACAAUUGCGAGGCAUUGGUUCUGGCAACGAGAGUACUACUUAUAAAAUUGGCUCAAAUUUUGCUACGAUUUUUCUAGAUGGUUGAUGUUGUAAUAGCAUAUAUUAGGGUAUCCAUAGUAGGUGACUUAAUCAUACAAUUGAGCAAUAACUAAAUGAUUCAAGAAACAAUGCUACAUUAUCUAGACUUGUAGACUUGUCAACUGUAGGUAUAUAUUGUGAGUAGAUUUUGGAAGAAAUUAUUCUGGAAAAAUAAUAUAUAAGAUACAUUUUUUGAAGGAGCCCAAGUCGUAUUGGUUCAGAUAUUUUACUAGUGCUUGAUGUAAUAUUUAGUCACAGAAUAUUUUAACAACUGAAAUGUUGCUUUGUCUUUAAUAGGUUUUGUAAAACUCUACAAAUCGGUAAAAUUAAUAACUGCUUUUUUUAAAAGAAUUCACAAACCUCAAAGAGGUUACUAAUUUGACAUUUUUUUCUAUUAUACACAAUCAAGCAUAGAAAACAUUAGUGUCUUGUAUCAUUCUAUACCAAUUAUUCUCUGUAGCAUUAAGAUUACAAAAUUUAGCAGAAUGCUUUACUUUUUUAAAUAUUUAUGUAAGACAUGCAACUGAUCUCAACUAAUAUUUUAUAAUUACAAUAGGACUCUGCAAAAAUAGAAUAUGUUUCACCUUUAUUGUUACUUGUCUACAAAAUGGAAUCUUGCAUGGAAAUUUAAAUUUUGAUUCAAAGUAUUUCUAUUAAGUUGUUGGAAUUGUGUUGUUGUUGCUGAAUUUGAUAAAGAUUUGUUUACAUGAAUUUUCAAAAUAAAGUUUUAAAGAAAAAUCUUUGUUUUGCGUUUUAAGUCAAUAGAAGGUUCAGAAUGACCUGAAACGAAUAUUUUUUGCCUUAUGUAUAAAAGACUGUUAUGUAAUAGUCUAUUUUAUUUGCUGAGUGCAUAAACUGUGAUGCGUCAGGUGAUGAAGAUGCUUUACUUUGUACUGUGAUUACCUAUUUAUUGUAUAAGUUAUGUUUAAUGUGAAAUAAAGCACUCCUGAUUUUGUCCUCAGGCUUUGCUAUAUUCGUUAUUUUUCUAAUUUUAGUUUAAUUAUAAAGAAAGAUUUUUUUCAUUUUUAGAUAUCUUCAUAAGGAUUUUAGACAUUUUAUCAAAGAAUAGCUAUGAUUUCAUAUAAUAGAAUAUCGAAACUGAUUAUUUUUGUAUAGAUUUAUGAAUAGCUUAUUUUUUAUUGUUUCUGUGAUUAAAUUGAAUAAUGCAAUGAUUUCAACCAUUUAAAUCAUUUUGCUUUGUAUGAAAUACAUUUUGUUAAAAUGAGAAUUUUUGUUUUUAUACAACCUGUGGCAGGGGUAACUCAAUUUCAAACCAAAGCAUGAACAAUUUUCACUUUGGAGAAAACAUACAAGCCAAGAAAUAGUUAUCUUUUUUAAACUAUUGUAACCCGUAGAACAUAUGAAUCUUGUCAUGAAUUCUGAUAUCUGAGUUAUCCUGUAUCUGUUGGCUCUGAAUACAAUAACAUUCAACAUAAAAAAAUUAAUACUUG